GACACAACAAAAUAAAAUAACAUUUAACGAAAUAAACUGUGUAACAUUGCAUUGGAAUGCUCAUAGAGAGCCAGCUGAAAAAAAGUAUUGAACACCUGAAAAAUUCACCAGAUAUUGGGAGCAACACAAGUAAGGCUCAGAUAUUUAGAUGUUUGUAAAUAUGUGAAAUAAAAAAUAUGAUUAUACAUGUGGAACAUUGAAGUGGUAUUUCCUUCAUAUUUCUACUACAAGGUUUUUUUUUUCCCCAAAACAACAACACAACAAAAUAAGCGAAAAUCGUGUCGGGUAAAAAAAAAACAAAAAACAAAAAGGCACUUUGUGUCCGCUAGAGGGCGACGCGUAUCAGUGGGUGCUGUUUUCAUUCAGCCAAUCAGCACACAGCAACAAAUGUCGGGCCGCUCGUCCAAUCAGCGGCGUUGUUGUUGCGGCACGCAGUCUGUUGAUUUCGGGAAGGUGACUUCGGCGACUUUCGGCUUUAUUUUUGUACUUUGUCUCGCAUAUGCUGUGAAACAACCAUCGUCCGUCGUCAUGUCUUCUAUCGGGAGGGUUUUGGGCGUCCUCCGGGAUGGCAGUCAGCUCAUUAAACGUGGUCCGCAGAGGAUAAUGAUGAGAAAGGCAAGCGGCGGGCCGCACAUUGAACCGCAGUACAGGCAAUAUCCUCAGCUCACCAAGAAACAGAAGUUCGAGUCGGAGUUUAUUAGCGGCGCUAUGUGGUUCUGGAUCCUCUGGCACUUGUGGCACGACUCCGAUGCGGUGCUGGGUCAUUUCCCUUGGCCGGACGCCUCCCAGUGGACAGACGAGGAACUUGGAAUUCCAGCAGACGACGAGGAAUAAAGGAGAGCACCAGUGACGUCACAUCCAAAACAAUCCUUGAAAAUCCUCAUUGUACAUACAAUAAAUAAUCCUCUAUAAAUGAA